CCCGUCAUGCACCCGGGCAGUGUCAUGGACGCUUACUGAUGCGGCAUAGCAGCACAUGUGUAUAGGUUUUAUAGUGAUAAUAAGAUACCAUCCGACAUCAUCUCCUUAUUUUUCUGGGUUCCGCUUUACUCUGAGAGCGCACAAUCCUCUGCCUGAAUGUGGACUACUCUGGAGUUCGAUGUGCUGAGGGGCUUUCAAGCCACAUCACACAAACAGUGUGAAUCUGAAGCCAGUGCUGAAAUCACAUCCUUGCUAGAGCUACUUUUUGAAGGCAAUUAUGAGGCUAUUGUACUCAGUCCAUUGAUGCAAGAAAUCUUUAGUGUUCCAGACCCAGAUGAAAAAUUGGACUUUUACCUGGAGAGACAGAUUUCUACAUUCCUGGACUCUCCCACAGAGCUGAAUAAUGACAGGCAACUAUUGGUAUUCCUGUUGGGUGUUAGCUGCCUUCAUUUGUUUGUCCAGAGCAAUUGGACUGGACCCCCAGUUCAUUCACAACCCCACGAUUUUUUACCAUCUUCUCUUCUUGAACGUUUUUCAGAGAGCAAAGCAUUGUGUGUUGCAAUUCUCAGCACGCUUGUUCUUGAUGGAGAAUCAGUCUACAGCUUGACAGCCAAUCCAAUCUUCUUAGUGCUGGCCAGAGUAAUCCUUGUGAACCUGAGGAACAAACUUACAACAUUCCAGAUGCUGCCCUGGUGGACUAUAAGGUGUAUUUUCAUUCACCAGCAAUUAUUAGAGGAGAGAUCAUGUGAACUAUUUGCUAUGGCCCAAGCCAGUAUAAAUGAAGUUCAGAAAAUUGGAAACUUGCUCUCAGAAAAAGGAGCCCAAGAUUUAUUUUUGCAACUCCAUCUGGAGUGUGGAUAUUUGUCUCUCUAUUACUAUGAAUACAAGAAGGCAAAACAAUUUCUCAAUCAAGCUAAAGACAUUGCCAAGCUAAAGAUAAUUUUAACAGGUGCUUUGGGGAAACGGACACGAUUUCAGGAAAAUGACUUGGCUCAACUUGUUCUAGAUGUGCAAAGGGAAGGGGAUUCCAUCUUACGUAACGGACUGACGCCCGCACCAACCCCCAUGGAGAACUUGCCCAGGAACCAUGAGCUUCAAGAUGACACAGUUCUUAAUAACAUCAAGUUAGUGGAUCCUGAUCAGUUUCAGAUGCCUGACUUGUGUGCUGAGGAGCUGGCUCUUAUUUUGGGAGUUUGCAUUGAUUUCCAGAAGAAUAACCCUGUGCACAAGUUAACAGAAGAAGAAUUGCUGGCCUUUACAUCAUGUUUGCUUUCACAGCCCAGAUUCUGGGCCCUGCAGACUACUGCAUUAAUUUUGAGGGCAAAAUUGGAGAGAGGAAGCACGCGACGUGUUGAACGAGCCAUGAUGCAGACUCAGGCCCUAGCAGAUCAGUUUGAAGAAAAAAGCCCUUCUGUGACUGAACGUAUGAAGGUUUUCUAUUGCUCCCAGAUGCCUCCAAUUUGGGAUAUUCAACGGCAGCUAGCAAGCUUAUUGUUUGAUCUUGGAUGUACAAGCUCAGCUCUUCAGAUAUUUGAAAAGCUAGAAAUGUGGGAAGAUGUUGUUAUUUGCUAUGAACGAACAGGACAGCAUGGAAAGGCAGAGCAGAUUCUGCGACAAGAAUUGGAGAAAGAGGAGACCUCACACCUUUACUGUCUUCUUGGGGAUGUAUUACGGGAUCACCAAUAUUAUGAUAGAGCCUGGGAGCUCUCCAAACACCGAAGUGCUCGUGCCCAGCGAUCAAAAGGUCUUCUCCAUCUGCGGAAUCAGGAGUUUGAGCAGUGUGUAGAAUGCUUUGAAAAGUCUGUAAAGAUCAAUUCAAUGCAGCUUGGAGUGUGGUUUUCUUUGGGGUGUGCCUAUAUCACUUUGCAAGGAUAUGAGGGAGCAGCAAGAGCUUUUCAGCGUUGUGUCACCUUGGAACCUGAUAAUGCAGAAGCUUGGAAUAAUCUGUCCUCCGCAUACAUCAGAUUAAAACAGAAGCACAAGGCUUUUCGGACACUUCAAGAGGCCAUUAAAUGCAACUUUGAACACUGGCAAAUAUGGGAAAACUAUCUUCUAACUAGUACUGAUGUAGGGGAGUUCAGUGAAGCAGUCAAAGCUUAUCACAGACUCAUGGACUUGCGGGCUAAAUACAAAGAUGUACAGGUUCUGAAAAUCCUAACUAGAGCAGUAGUUGAAGGACUAGAGGAUUGCAAAGGAGAGUCAACAAGCAAUCUGAAAGUCAAGUUGCAAGAAUUGUUUGGCAGAGUAACAGCCCAGGAUUCAAGUGAUGCAGAAAUCUGGAAGACAUAUGCGAAACUGUAUGGAAAUGGAGAAAGUGAAAAAGCUGAGGAAAAUGAAAAGGCCUUGCAGUUCUUGUCAAAGGCGCAUAAAUGUGAAACUCAAAAGAGUGGUUGGGAAAAUGACAUACCAGCAUUCAAAGAGAUAAUAAGAGGGGCAACUGACCUUGCUCAUGUGUCAAUAAAGUGCAGCAAGAACAAGACUAAUCCACAGGAAGCUGUGCAGAUCCUUUCUUCAGCGCGUCUUAACCUUCGUGGCUUAUCGUCUAAAGCAAAGCAAAUCUUUACAGAUGUGGCAAGUGGAGAGCUCUCAACUGAAUUAACUGAUGAAGUUAGAACAAUGGACAAUCUUAUUACUGAAAUUCAAGAAAUCAGUAAUCGGCUGCGUAAUCAAUACUGAA